CCGACUCACUACAUAACCCGUCUGUUCCCAAGUUCGUAGAUUUUGCUUCUACACCUGCAAACGCCACAGGCGUGACUCAAACCAGCCUUCCCUCUUGAUCCCCUUAACCGGCCUCUGUCGAGGCCGUCCUCAACUUGCAAACAUGGAAGUCGCAGCAACCGUCACCGUCUUCGCUUCAAGGACCUCUUGCUGGCAACAGUCAGGAGACCGCCGCGCUACCACUUCUUUCGGACCAAGACUUUUCAGACCUCUUUGUUGAUUUAGAAUGUUGGAGUUCGGACUUUGACUGGAGCACCUUCUUGCCACCUGCUAUACAUCCUGCCGGUUCGGAGCCGCUCAUGAGUGCUGUGAAGUACGGCGCCAACCCUUCGUAUCUUGCUACCAGUCCAACAACGCCAGCCAUAACUAGCAAUCCCGCCUACCUUGCGAUUGACGAAGCCAAAUCUCUGGGGACCAGCAUUCCUGCAGGACACGGGUACACAGAGCUUGCAGCGAGUCACCCGAGUUCGACAGCAACAAGCUCAAAUACCUCCCGGUCAUCUGUCGGUCGCGCCGCGUCUCCUGUCUUAGACUUGCAGAAAUCACGUUCGGAAUCAGCUACACCAGAGCCCGCAGAUAAAUCUCGCAAACGCAAACGGAAUACAGAGGCUGCGCGCCGUUAUCGGCAACGUAAGGUCGAUCGGGUGGCGGAGCUCGAAGAAGCGCUAGCGAGCGUGACGAGGGAGAGGGAUGCGCUGAAGUUGAGACUUGCGAGGGCGGAGGCUGAAGCGGAUGUCUUGAGAGGCGUGGUUGGAAGUCGGUUGUCUUCGCGCUGAUAUGCAUUGGCGUGUUCUCCGGUGGUUGGUGUUCCUACGGCGGUUAUUGGUCUGUUGGUUAGCUACUGCUACCCGCCUUGACUGUGGACAUAUCUCUGUCUCAAACCAAAGCUACAGCUUCUGCAACUCUCAGACGAUGUCGGUAAGGUACGCAUGGAGUCUCGGCUCUCAUCUCGGCAAAAUGUGGUUUCUUCACGUGGUCGC